AAUAAAUAAUUAAGAUAAAGAAAAUCGAAAAAGAAGCCCUAAGCCCCCUCCUCCUCAUUUUUUUCUCAUCGGCGGUGGCUUAAUUCAAAUCAUAUCCUUUUCUUCUUCAUCUAAAUCUUCUGUCCCUGCAACCGGUUUCUUCUCAAUUUCUGCUCUCUUCCGCCGCCGCCUCCAGAUUUGUGCUGCUUUUGAGAGUAGAAUUAGUUCGAUUUGCUCUCGAACUCGUCGAUUCAGUAACGAGACACUGCUUGCUAAGUUCGCCAGAGGUGAUCGAGUACUGGCUUUGUUCGCGGAUUUGUAUGUUUCGGAUUUCUAAUUGGAUUUCGUGAUUUCUCAAGUAUUUCUCUGGUAUUUUGUUUCUCUCGAGUCGUUUGCGAUUUUGCACAAGCACGGAAAGUAGGGAGGAACAUAUUUUUCUACUUGAUUUAUACGGCAGAAGCGUUUCUAUGUUGUUACUUGUUAGUUUUAGUAAUUGAUCGUGCCUUAAUUAGGUUUUGGGAUUGCGGUCCCGGAGUUUUACCUCCAACUGCUUUGAUUGCUUUGCUAUUGGAAGUUACUGGAAGAGCAAGUAAAAUGUGAAGUUGAGUGGAGGUGGGAGAAUGGAGUAGUGUGAUAGUGGGUUGCUUUAGGCUGUUUCGAUUUCUCUCUUUCGUGUGGUUUCUCUAUCUUGUUUCGGUUUAGGAUCACAAUGUUGAACAAGAUAAUGAAAAGGGGGCAGAGGAAGUCUUCGAAAUCUGAAGCAAUCGAGGCCCCCAUACUCCCAUCGUCUGCUUCUAGUGUGACUGUCAAUCAUGCAUCUCGACUGGCCUCUGCAACGCCUCAGCCUGUGACCCUUGCCAGCAUCCCGCAGAACCCGGGUACAGUUGAGGUCUUGCCAACGUUGCGGGAUGUUCCAAUGUCUGACCGGCAUAAUCUAUUCAUUCGGAAACUUCAAAUCUGUUGUUUCCUAUUUGAUUUCACUGAUCCGACCAAGUCUGAGCGGGAGAAGGAGAUCAAGAGGCAAACACUGGCAGAACUCGUUGACUUGGUGCAGUCGGCAUCAUGUAAAAUGAAUGAGGUGAUGCAGGAGGAAUUAAUCAAGAUGAUAUCUGUGAAUAUUUUCCGGUGUUUGCCACCGGCUGCACAUGAGAACACUGGCUCAGAGGGUGGAGAUCCUGAGGAAGAUGAGAUGUUCAUGGACCCUUCCUGGCCUCACUUGCAACUUGUAUAUGAUUUACUUUUAAAGUAUGUGGUAUCAUCAGAAACAGACACUAAGAUUGCCAAGAAGUAUCUUGACCACUCAUUCGUACUGAAAUUGCUUGAUUUGUUUGAUUCAGAAGACAUGAGGGAGCGAGAGUAUUUGAAGACAAUUCUUCACCGCAUAUAUGGGAGAUUUAUGGUUCAUAGACCCUUUAUAAGGAAUGCGAUAAACAACAUUUUUUAUAGGUUCAUAUUUGAGACCGAGAGGUACAAUGGGAUUGGUGAGCUAUUGGAGAUUCUAGGAAGUAUAAUUAAUGGGUUUGCACUUCCAAUGAAAGAAGAGCACAAGUUGUUCCUUGUACGAGCACUUAUUCCGUUGCACAAGCCUAAAUGUAUUUCUUCAUACCAUCAGCAAUUGUCCUACUGUAUAACACAGUUUGUUGAGAAGGAUUACAGGCUCGCUGAUACUGUUAUUAGAGGGGUGCUGAAGUAUUGGCCUGUCACAAACUGUGGCAAGGAGGUUCUCUUCCUUGGGGAACUGGAAGAAAUUUUGGAGGUUACACAGUCUGCAGAGUUCCAGCGCUGCAUGGUACCUCUGUUUAGACAAAUUGGAAGAAGCCUCACUAGCUCACAUUUCCAGGUAGCUGAACGGGCUCUUUUCUGGUGGAACAAUGAGCACAUAGUAAGUCUGAUUGCAGAAAAUCGGCACGUUGUUUUACCAAUCAUAUUUGAUGCACUAGAAAAGAACAUACGAGGCCACUGGAACCAGGCAAUCAUUGGCUUGAGCUCCAAUGUCAGGAGAAUGUUCCUAGAGAUGGAUCCCGAGCUAUUUGAAGAAUGUCAGAUGCAGCAUGAUGAAAAACAAGCAAGAGCUGGAGAACUUAAAGAGCAUCGCGAGUUAACUUGGAAGAAACUGGAAGAGGUUGCUUCUCAAGUUACUGGUGAAGAAAACAUGGUCGUCAUUUAGUGAUUUUUAGUGGAACUUAAAAACAUACAUCUGAGGAUUGUGAAACAAUUUCCCCAGUCAGUCGGCCAAGCUCUAUGGACCCGACAUUCCGUCACUUCUCAAGGAGUAGGAGCAACAUAUGGAAAACCAAUAGAUUGGAAGGAAGAAGGCCGGGAAAAUGAAGGUAAGCACACACUACUUGGUUUCACACAAAUGCCGUCCUGUUGUGCUUGUGCUUUGCAACAUUUCAUAUUAUUUUCCAUCCUAAUAAUGAUCAGUUUUUGUAAUCUAUAAUUGUUUUGUGGUUUUUGUAUUUUUUGUAUUUUCUAAAAGAACAGACAGAAAAAUCAAGCUAUUAGGCAUUUUAUCAAUGAUUGUUAUACUGCUUUGAGAA